AUUCAUACCUGUUCAUCCUCUUGAAUGGACGCAGCCAGCGCCAGCCCGUCCGCAACACGAGCGAUCAUUGUCAGAGCGAUCAUAUCGAUGCAGAUCAAUAAUCAGCUACGUCUGCUGCUGGUUUUUAUGAGACAAGAGGAGACUCACAAACUUUGUAUGUUCAGUUUUUGGCUGUCAACUUUGAUGAUGCAGGAAAAGUGAGCUGGGCGGAAGUUCACUGUGCGCAGGCUAAUUGGGGCCGAGUGGAAACUGGUGAAACGCAGCUUCGUAGUCAAAUUUCCACCGCCCAACGAGGUAAGGGAAAGAGAGAAACUCGUCUGGAAAAUAAUGAUACAGUUUUAUAUUUUAAACCAAAAAUAUCAGUCACUCGUGAUGGUCGAUUCCUUAUCUUGAAUCCGCUCUUUUUAUUGUUGGACUCGCUCUCAUGUUUUCUCCUUUCUCUCUCUAAACAGAGAGAAUCCGGCCAUGAGCUCCAGCAGUCCGAGCAGACAGCUGGCAGCAGACGGACUGACUGCAUCUCCACUGCUGAUGCCUGGAUCAAGCCGAGAGCUGCAGAUGCAGCCUGUCUGGCUCCUCUGUCUGGAUUGAAUCCGAUCUCUUCCAGAACCAGGAAAGGGUUUCCAAACCAUGGUCAAAACAGAGAGGUAAAUCUCCUGCAGUUUAUUUCACAUUUAUUCAUGCUGAGUUUGUGUGGCUCGGUUUUUUUUUCGCUAUCGUGUCGGUGUUUCCUGCUGGUCGAGGAAUGGCUGCUCUUUUCUCAUCACCUUUUGUUAUUAGUUGUUGAAGGGUCCUGAUCGAUCACUCAGAUUUACUAAAAUAACACUUUGAUCAAAAUGUGCAAUAUUUUAAGGGCGCACGUUUCUCUCCCCGUCUCUUUCUCUUUAAUAUUUUCUUGCGUAAAAUUGGAUGAAUAGCGUAGAAAUGCUCCACAGUGGGCUUCCUCUGGUAUUUUAAACGGUAUUAUCAGAAAGCAAAGCAAACAGGAGGACAGUGAUGUGCGAUGCGUGCGGAGCAGCUGACUCUGCAGCUGGAUGGAUCAAUCAUAACACAGGGAUUAAUCGAUAUCUCCCCGAGCUGGAUGCAAGGCACACACAAUCUUCUCAUUCAAUCAUUUUUGAUUCAUGAUAUGGCUGCGGGUGCAUUUUGCUGCUGUUCCCACUAAGAAGGACAUUCUGCAUUAGCACAGUUUAAUCCCCUGAUCGCCGCAGCAGACCCCCCUCCCUUUACUCCCUUUACUGAGGACCCGGCAGCUUGGCACGGUGGCAUCCCAACAGCUUGAAAGGCCUCAUUGUUGCAGUGCAGCUGGCACCGCCGCGCGCACCUUCUGAUUGGUGAUUUCCCAGACCGGCGUGUGCGUGACUCACUAUCAGGCUCGAUCUAUUUUAGUCAAUUUUAUUGUUUUUCAGGAGAGGAGAGGAGAGGGAUGCCCGCAUGUUUUUAUUCCAGGGUGGGGCGCUUCAUGACUAAUUGAUUAUGGAAAAUUAGUGAUUCCCAAACUGGAGUCCACUGGAUUUUUCCACCAGCGAGAUUAACCCUCAUGUUGUGUUCGUUUCAUGUUUAACAUUUUUAUAUUCCCGGUCAAAAAUGACAGUAACAUUAAGACUCAUCAUAAAACAGGUAAUAAUAGGGGAGAUCGGGGCUUGUUGUCACACUUAUUACACUCAUAUAUCUUGAAAUCAGUACAUUAUAUAUUAACAAAAUGUGAACCAAAUGAAAGACCAAAGUCUCAGGUUUAUAUUUCGUAAUUAUGCCAUUAUUAUAUCUUGUGUCAGUGCAGAGUUAUAAACAAUCAAAUAGAGAUUGUGAACAUGUGACAUGUUGCCCCACCAUCGGGUAAGUUGUCUCACUACAUGGGGUAAGAUGUCACAGUGAAUUUUGCAGCUAAUAAAACAAGGACAACAUUAUUGUUGUUCUCAUUGUUUUACUUUAAAGUGAACAUUAAAGUCAGGCACAGAAAAUGUUUAUCAUUGAGCUAGAAAAAGUCAUUGAACAAACAUUAACAUAAACAACAUGCUCUGGAGUUUGGAGAGUUUUCUGACUCUGUAUUUCGGCUGGGAUGAAUGUUUUGCAGUACCUGUUUUGCGCCUUAUAGUGCGAAGAAUACGGUACUACUUGUUGUGUGUUUUAUUUUUAUCAACACUUGUUGUGAACAUUUCAAGUUUUGAAGUUCUAUUUGUUAAUUAUGGCCUUUAGGCCUCAUUGAUCCGGGCUUAUACAUCUUGAAUUUCAGUUGUAAAAGACAUCAUUUCCAGAUUAUUUUGAUUGUAGGUUUUUUUUUUUUUUUUUAAACACAGACUACUUUGGGUCAAAGUUAAAACAACAAUUGUUUUGAAACCAUGUAGAGGCUUUAUGUAAUCACAUGAAGUGACACGUGUUUCGGUCAGAAGUGAUCGGGAAUAUUUUAUCAGUACACAAAGGGAACUCUUCAUAAAUUGCUCUUCACAACUUCACAAUACUCAAAGAUCAGUGUCUUCAGACCACAAAUAAUAACAUUACAUCAGUUUUUCAGGUGUUUUUUGCCUGAUAUCAGAAUGAAAACUUUUAAAGGGGUAUACCGGCGUAAAAUUCAGUUGGAGUCAGACACACAGUAACACCGAGUUAGAGACCCCCUCAAGAGAUGAAUGUUGCAGACCGCUUGCUUUUCUAGUUAUACCAACUUUAGUAACGAACGCACGUUAGCAGUACACAGUGGUCUCAGGAGCCACACGCUCAACCAAAAAGCCACUCUAUAUCCACAAAUAAUGCUCAGAACAGCACCUAACUUCAUCAACAGUACAUAUAGGGUCCUAGCCACAGCACUAUAGCCACCAAACAUCUUUUUAGCUUUGCCCGAUUUCUUUAGCAAAGAGACUAAACACAACUCACCCACUCUCUUCCAGCAGCCGCUUGUUUGUAGCGAGAUCUCGGGCCAGUCCAUUAUGGACUGCUGCGGGGUGACGCAGCUCAAGGAAAGACAUUUAUGACCAUUACUUUAUCAUUUCUUUGAAGUAAUAAUCAUCAUAUUAUACAACGUGGUUAACUCUUUGACUUUCUUAGGAUGAAAGAGAGAAAACUGUAGACUGGCUGUUUCUCAGAUGUUUUGUCUAGUGGAGAACCCUUUUUUAUGAUCUGAAGCUGUCUGUGCUCAUGAAGUAGGUGUGUAAAUUCCCUGAUGUCUUCUUGUACUGCUCUACAAGUCCAUCUUACCUGCUGCCCGCAGGUGUGCCUGUGAUGCUCAGGAGUGAGGAGCAGAGCGGCUGAGGAGGAGAUGGGCUGCACCUCUGCCAAGCAGGUAUCUGCUGUGCCCGGUGGUGAGGAGGGUCAGAAUAAAUCACACAGCAACGGGGACCUCCUCUCAGGUUAGUCUGUUUUCAGCACAUUUCUUAUGAUGCACCUCCAUAUUCAGGUGGUAUUCCCUUUGUCCGAAAUUAGGGUCACACUGGCCUAAAAAUGUGUUUGCUCCCAUUUAUCUUCAUCAGUCAUUGCUGAUGUAGGAACCUGUAGGAAUAAAAGUUUCCUAUCUAAAGAUCUUGACACAUUUACACCAACCAUAUUUAGAUACACAAUAACAAUAAUACAUCAUGUAGGUGACAAAGUCAAAGCAAAUAUUUUGAAUCACUCUGUCACUGCAUCUGCAAAUGCCGGUUUAAAGUGCACCAAGCAAAGAAACUAUUUGCAAACAAAGUACCAGCAACUUCUCUGGGCACAAGCCUGUUUAAGAGGCAAAGUGGUCUCAAAAUUUGACACGUUUCUAGGAAAUCAUGGAUGGAACAUCAUCCACUCUAAAGUGGAGAGGGUUCAUCUGAUUUGUUAUCAGCAUACACUUCAAAAACUGGCAAUAUCAGGUUCUGGACUAACAUAUAUUGCCGUCCAGAUAAUACCUUUUUAGCCUUUUUUACAGCAAGAAGAUGCCAAUUUACACUCUGCAUGUUUUACAACAGCAUGGCUCUAUGGUCAGUCCGACUGUAGCCGUGACUUCUUAUCUGCUGAAACAUUUGGUGUAUCAUGACACAAAAAAGUAUGACAAAGAAGACCCUGGACUGUUGAAUGACUGACAUUAGAGAUAAGGCAAUAAUGGGACAACAUUUCACUUGGUGAUGAGGUGAUGCAACACAAUGAUGAACAUGUCCCUGACACCAAAUUUAAAAUGAGAGUAUAGAUUUCAUUAAAUACUUCAAUUUUCAAUUUCCGUUUUAAAUAAAUAUAGUUUUUGUACCAUUUCAAAAUAAAAGGAGGGUUUAGAUGAGGGUUUGGAAACUAUCCAAAUCUGUUUUUGACAUUUCAAGUUUUAAAGAUAGUUGUGAUUUUCCUCCAAAAAACCUUUAAUGAUAAAAACGAUACCUAUGCAUAAAUGCAAAUACAAAAUCCUUGUGCAGUCCUUACAGUCGCUUUGUGAACUACAAGUGUACACAGCGCUAAUGUCAACUGUCAAGGAUGAGUCUCUUUUGGAGCCUCUGUAAAUACAGGCUAAUAUACAGUAUAUAAUAGGAUUUAAAGCUGCAGCAGAUUUCUAGUAUACAGUAUCUUUCAUAAAACUCCAGUAUCUACUGUGUUCACCAUGCCUUGGUACUGUGCAUGGUUGCUAAGUUGUUUUUUUUUAUCUCAUCUUUCUAAAAGCGUAGAAGCGUGAAAGAGGAGGGGGCUGUGCAUGUGUGAGAGAAAAGAUGGAGAAGCUGAGAGGAGGGAUGGAUCAGGCUGACAGCUCAUGUGUUUGACGCUUGCCAACCAUUGUUAAGAGGGAUUUAGUUUUAGUGUGAGAAUUGAAGCGCAUAAUUACUUUGCCAAGUAGUGAACUGCUAGAUCUAUUAACCCAGAGGAUUGUGCUGAUCGUCUGCUGUCUUGUAUUAAUAAGAGGAGACGUGUUUCUCUCUGCCUCUCCGUCUCUCACCCCGUCACAGAUGAGUACAAGAUGAAAGGAGUGGAGAAAGUGAAGUACAUCAGCGGAGAGGAGGGAGGAGAGGAUGGCCAGGAGAGCACAGUGCGUGGAUUUUUUUAAUAAGAAAUUGUCUAUUCUGUUUAUUAUUUACAAAUCUACUGUAUUGGGUUUUUUUAAAGGUAAAUUUAUCAUCAAAACAAGUCAUGAUGUAAACUUUUCACUCAGACCUGUGUGGGCAGCACUGUUAAACCUUCACAUCCACAUAUGAAGAACAAAAAAUCUGAUUAAUUUUAGGACAACAGAGAAUUUCCUAACUUUUAUCUUGUGCAAAAAAUGUUAUAACUCUGUGAAAACAAGGUAAUUAUCUUUUAGACUAAUUAUAGUAACUGGCUUGACUGUUGCAAAACAAAGGUCCCUAUGUAGCCAUUGUUCAUAGUGUUUUCAAAUUUGCAUUAUCUGGACCAUGUGAGAAAAAUGAUAACUUCUUCUGCACUGUAGGACAUUUUUAAAACUUAAUCUUAGUUUAAUGUUUGACAUGUUUUACCAUUUCCUUAUAGUACACAGGUGUUUGAAGCUAGCUGAAGUUAUGUGAUUUUGUCUACAGUAUUCAAUAAUCAAUAUAUUUGGCAAGUCUUCUCUCUAAGAAGUUUCUAGGAAGCAUGUAAAGAUGCAGAAUGAAGAAGCACUCCAGUAAUGCCAUCAUGGAGACUUUAAAUUCACAAAUUUAUCUUCUGAUUGCUUUUAUAUACAAAUACUGUCUUUUAGACUGUACUUGAAAGCUGAAUGGAGGUGUUUAAGGAUAUGUGUGUUUUGAUGUCCCACAGGAGAAGAGUGCGCUCCUGGGUAAAGGUCAACACACUGAUGAAACAGGGUCAAAUGGAAAUGGAAAUGGAAAGAUUCUGUAAGUUUUACUGACUGAUGUGUGUGUUUUAUUCUUGUUUUUCAUAUAUUUUCAUGCUGUCUGAUUGUGAUGGGCGACUUAAGCUCAGAGCUGUACUGCAUUGCUGUGAAAUUGCUGUACCUCUUGUGCCCGCAGGAGCAUCCACUCCUCAGAGAGCCAGCAGGAAUUCUUCAGGAUGCUGGAUGAGAAAAUUGAAAAAGUAAGGACCCUCUCCUAGAGUGUUGCGUUCUGGUUAUCAUGUUUUUUUCUACAAUAAGCCCUCGCUAAAUAACAUCAUGGAGGUUAAUCCUUUCAGUGCUACAAAUCUGAACGCAGCAGAUGACACGAUGAUACCACCAAACAGCCACAAUCUGUCUGGUCCAGUGAUUCUGCUGAUGAGGUUAUUUAAGGUGGAAUUGUGGAAAACAUGUUGUGCAGACAGAGCUGCUGUGUGAUGAAAUCUGGUCAUAAGGGAGAGUGGAUUAGUAAAAACUCAAAUAGAUUAAGAAUAAUGUAUUUCAAAAAAUAGCCGCUCCAUGGAAAAAAACAACAACUGUAAGUUAAAUCAGUAUUUUAGCAUCAUUAUUUAAAAUAUUGUGGGACACUAGUUGUUACAAUCUAUAUCAGGCACAUGGCAGAUAAAAAAAAAAAACACACAUCUAUUUGCAAAUGUCUGGGUUGAGUCAGCAUGUCCAACAUGACAACCAUCGCUGGGCUUCAGACCGCCUCUCCAGAAACUGGGCCAAUGUUACAGAGACUACAUGCUUCAUACAUCCCAUGAUCUUUUCCUGCAAAUUUAGCACCUCUGUCAGAGAACAUGUUUUUUAUUCCCUGUUAACACUCAUCUUUAGCUAGAGAUCUCCAGCUCUGUCAUUUUUAAAACUACAUUCUUGUGGUGUUUUAUCAGAUCAUUUAGGUUUCCUACAAUAUAUCCGUCCUUUUGUUCUUUUCGAAAUAGGAGCAGUGUGGCAAGUCUUAAAAUACAUAUUCGGAGUUUAGAAUAUAGAACAAAAACAUGGAGAUGUCUGGAAAAUGAUCAUAUUGGUUUUAUGUCUCAUGAAAGUAGAGAACAGAAUCUCUUUAUCAAAUUUAGUAGUUCAUUAUUUCUUAGUUUGCUGGGUGUUUCAUGCUUGUAUUGCACCUUGUUGAAGGUGUUUGAGUGUUAAAAUAAUUGGGUUUGCUGAGUAUCUACCAUCUUUUGAAUUAUUACUUUAUUUGUUUUCCAGGGGCGGGACUACUGCUCAGAAGAGGAGGAUAUGACAUAGCACUGUGGUCCCUGUUCCUGAUGUGAUAGAGCUGUCACUCCAGUGUUAUGGAUGGACCCCACCAUGCGUUCAAAUGUCCGGGGGGCCCCGUCUUCUUUGACUGUCCCUUGUAUCUACACGCCUAAAGAAAAUGGAUUACUGACUUGAAUGAAGCACCUUUUUGCCCUCCUGCUCACAACUUUAGUUCCUGCUGGUCACCACUCUGGUGGAGAGAAAUGACCUCCAGAGUUAAAGACGGUUCAGUAUUUAUAAGAUUUCCCCAAAGGGAGAGAAGUUAUAGGUUCAAUUCCUUAAAGAAGCCAUCACAGGGUGAUGAAGAUCCUGGGACUUAUGUACGCCUAAUCUUCUACUGCUUGGACAAACCCUGACAAACAGGAGACUUCCUGUGAACAUUUGAAACAUUAUUUUCAACCGCAGAAGGAACUAGCGCUUUUACAGACUGAUUCAAAGUGAAAGUACUGUCCUCACCUGCAUCAUUUUGAACAUGUCAUCCUUGAACGCCUCGCUGAAAAGUCAUGGGGUUGAAACUUCCUGCAUUCCAAGACACAGUAUGAACCUCUUUUCUACAGUACGUUGGCCAGUACAGUGUAUUUGUCUGUCCAUGUCUGUUUCUGAGAUGAUGUAGAGUAUUUAUGUUCAAUAAGGCUCAGGGUUGAAGUGUUGUAAUCUCUGUCUCAUCUAGUCAGUCCCUCCUUUCAUUAAGACACUGUUGCACCAUUAAACAGACACUCAUGCACUCACACAGCGGGGUUACUUACGUCCCCCCGCUCCAGUUUGUUUCCAUGUUAACCAACAGGUGAACACCCCACGAAGAAAUCUCAUUAUGUGUCUCACCAGUGUUAUGUCGUUGUGUUCAGUUUCUAUGUUGAACUUUUGUUUUUUUAAGAAAAUAAAAAAGUGUUUCCAGUAACUUA